AUGCAGCACAUGCUCCCUCUGCUCAACAACAUGGAAGCUCCUCCCGGCCAGAGCAGCAAGCAGCAGCAGCUGAUGAGGACGGUGUCCAUCUCGGUGCUGGUGAUGUCGCUGCCGGUGCUCUACGUCUCCUUCCUCCACGUCCCGCCGGCGUCCCUCUUCAGGGAUACCACCUUCUGGUUCCUCAUGUCCAACUCCAUCAUCAUCGUCAUCGCCGCCGACUCCGGCAUGCUCUUCUUCCGCUCCUCCUCCUCCUCCUCCGCCUCACCGGACGACGAUGACGGCGGCCUUUCCUUCGCCGCUGUCUCCGUCUCCGAGCCAGCGGUGACCACCGUCGUCGUCAAGGACGGCCGCCACGCGCCAUCGAUGGGUGGCUCCGACGAGACGGAGGCCAUCAAGGACCAGCAGGCCUUGGUUGUCCAGGAGCACGGAGACCUGGCGGCGGCCAUCGCCGAGAGCGACCACCGCGCGUACGCAUUGGUCGAGAGGGGAGACCGAGUGGUGGUGACCACGCCGGAGACCAGAGACAUCGUCGUCGUAACCCCGUCCGCGACGAACGUCGAUGCCAGCUCAAUCGUGCCGGCGGCGGCGACGAGACGGCUGACGGCGAGCCGGGGCCUGGCGGAGAGGGAGGAGAGGCGGGCAACGAGGCGGCGGCACCAGCACGGGCACGGGCACCGGCCGUCGCACUCGCACUCGCAGGUGCUCGUCCCGGUGCAGGACAAGAGCGUGGUGGUCAGCGAGGAUAGUCGACACCUCCGGCGAGAGCGACCACCGCCGGCGGAGGAGGAGAUGAUUGACGAGAAGGAGAGCGAGUACUCGAGGCUCUCAGACGAGGAGCUCAACCGGCGCGUGGAGGAGUUCAUCGCCAGGUUCAACCGGGAGAUCAGGCUGCAGCUGGAGAAGGAGGAGCAAGCCGCCGCCGCCUGA